GAAGUAAAAAUCCUAAUUAAAUAGAAAAGAAAAAAAGAAAAUACAUAUUUACGAAAAAACCAGUUGGGAAAACUUGACUUCAUCGCCAUUUGCAAAUCUCAGUCUUCCUUCCCUAUCCUUGAAUUGAACUCAGAGAGAGAGAGAGAGAGAGAGAGAGAGAGAAGAGAGAGAUUAUGUCUCUGAAGGGUUCAAUCUCCGAAAAGAAUCUGAUGCUGCCGAUAUCCGAUCCUCCCAGGGACGAAGACAGAGAAAGACUCCUCCGAGCCGAUGACAAACUCUUCAGAGGAUCAUCCAUGACCAGGCGUGGAGCUUAUGCUGCUAUUUCUUACAUGUCUUGUGCAGUGUUAUUGGUUAUUUUCAACAAAGCAGCUCUUUCAUCGUAUAGCUUCCCUUGUGCAAAUGUCAUCACUCUCUUUCAGAUGAUAUGUUCAUGUUGUUUUCUUUAUGCUUUAAGACGCUGGAGAUUAAUUUCAUUCACGGUCAGCGAAUCCUUGACAGCUCCGGAUAAUGGGAUGACUCUCGUGCCAUUAAAGACCGUGAGGCAUACCCUUCCUCUUUCAGGAGCCUAUUUGCUUUACAUGCUAGCCACCAUGGAGUCCGUACGUGGAGUAAAUGUUCCCAUGUAUACCACUCUCAGGCGCACCACAGUGGUAUUUACUAUGAUAAUGGAGUACGUUUUGGCAGGGCAAAGAUACACAUCUCCUAUUGUUGGAAGCGUUGGAUUGAUCGUUCUUGGUGCAUUUAUUGCGGGAGCUCGGGACUUAUCAUUUGAUGCCUAUGGCUAUUCUAUAGUUUUCUUAUCAAACAUCACAACUGCAAUAUAUCUUGCAACCAUAGCCCGUAUUGGGAAAUCCAGUGGACUUAACAGCUUUGGCCUGAUGUGGUGCAAUGGAAUUGUAUGUGGACCAAUUUUGCUGCUGUGGACAUUUAUUCAGGGUGAUCUGAAGAUGACUCUAAAUUUUCCUUUUCUGCUCUCACCUGGUUUUAUGGCUGUGUUGCUUUGUUCCUGCAUACUUGCUUUUUUCUUGAACUACAGUAUAUUUCUUAAUACAACGCUCAAUUCAGCACUCACGCAGACAAUUUGUGGUAAUCUGAAGGAUCUGUUUACCAUUGGUCUUGGCUGGAUGAUUUUUGGCGGGCUUCCAUUCGAUCUUUUUAACGUUAUUGGUCAAUUCCUUGGCUUUUUUGGAUCCGGAUUGUAUGCAUACUAUAAGCUCAUCGGGAAGUAACUUGCGUAGUAGCUCAUUUGACUCUUCCGGUUAGAGACGAUCAGUUUUGGCCAUUGUUUAUAUCAUCCUCACACCUUAUAUCUAGGCACCUAUUGGGGCCUCGGAAGCUGUAUAACAAUGCUUAACAGAUCUUAUUUAUGGUUAUGGAGAAUCAGAAGUCCCCAAUCUUGCUUCUCGAGGUACACUUUACUAUAGAAGAAUGGCAACUGGUUUUUGAUCUAAUUUGUUGUAAGAAGAGGUGUCACUUGAUUAGCUUCCUCUUCGUAGGCAUACACUCGAUUUUGAAGUAGAUAUCCAUCUUGAUUUUUAGGACCGCCUUGUAACCAUAAGCUAUCGAGAAAGGUGUUUCUCCAAUAGUCGUGUAAGGGUUUGUGUUGUAUCCACUUAUGCUCAUUCGGGUUUCACGAGUUUGGUAUUAGGUUCUUUUUUAUGAUUUUGUUGUCUAUCUCGACCUACCGGUUGGCUUAUUAGGGUUUGUGCACCACUAAAUUCUUUUUGAUUCCUCCAUUGCAGUAGGCUUGGAGUUGGUCAUCGUUCAAAUUGUGUUUCAAUUUGAAAGAAUCUUGUAAAACCCAAUUAAAAAAAAGGAUGAACUUGACCAAUGACGGAAGCACAAUAUAUAUUAGAGUAAUUUGCAGCAUAAAUAUUUAAACUAUUGAUGGUAAUAAUACUUAUAUUUCAAGAA